AUGGGGCGGGAAGAGGGUCGAGCGUGCCUAAGGAGGUGCAGCACAGACGCAGACUGUCUUAGCAAGAGGAAAAUAUGUCUGUGUGAUGGGAUAUGUGGCCUCUCAUGCAUCAAACCAGACAAGGAGUGCGGAGACCUCGAGAACCCAAUUUUCGGCUUCGUGGAAUACAACGGAAAGAUCGUCGGUUCCCAGGCGAGGGCUACCAUCUCAUUGGCGAACCCGAGCGAAUGUGCCAAGGAGAUGGCACUUGGGCCUAUACCCCCCCGGAGUGCCACGAAAACUGGCUACUCCACCUCUGGAUUUGACGUGGCCAAGUGCUUCCUCUACAAUAACACAAUGCAGUGGUUCGGGCCCGAGAUCGAGUGCGAGCCCAAGACCUGCGGCGACCCUGGAGCGAUUCUGAACGGCUACAAGAACAGCAGUUGCUAUGCCUACUCCUGUCGAAUCACCUACCAAUGUCGACCGGGUUUCGAACUGGAGGGACACAGUCACUUCUACUGUCAACACGAUGGGUCCUGGAGUCCGAGAGAUCUGCCCGCUUGUAAACCCAUCCAGUGUCCUGUCCCUGAUAAUCCGAGCAACGGCAAAGCAAUCUACAACACGACCGUCUACAACGCCCUCCUCAUCUACGAGUGUAACUACGGCUACAUGAUCGUAGGGCCUUCCAAGAGACGCUGUGGCCCCGACAAGUACUGGAGUGGGCGAACACCUGAGUGCAGAGAGAUCAACUGCGGCUCGCCCGGAAGCCUCCCCAACGGCUACAUCAAGGGUUUCCGGAGCAACCUCGGGGCCACGAUCGAGUUCCACUGCAACGAGAACAUGAAAUACGUCGGAUACAUCGACAGGAGGGCCAAGUGCCUGCAGAACGGGUCGUGGUCGCAGCCGGUGCCCAAGUGCCUCGCGCCCUGCAUCGUGCCCACCAUCGAGGACGGGCGUUUGCUAAGCGACGCCCGCGCCGGAUCCCUCGUAUCCGACGGGACGGUCAUCCAGGUCGUGUGUGACGAGGACUUCGAGCCGACGUUCAAGGAAGUGCCGUCGGUCUGCACGAAUGGCACUUGGACACACUACCCGCAGUGCCGUCCUGCCGGCUGCAAACGCCUACCGGAGCGCCCACGUCACGGAAUGGUGAUCGCCCCGCAGAGCGCCCACGGCAAGAGGGCGAGGUACAGAUGCAAGGACGGCUACCAGCUCAUGGGCCCUGCAACGACCGAGUGUCAAUUUGGCAACUGGACGGGGUCGGUUCCCCAUUGCAAGAUCGUGUACUGUCCGUUCCCGGGAUAUAUUACUAACGGACAAGUUAUGUUAGUAGGCAAUAUGGGCAUGUAUAUAUACCGACCUUAUGUUAAGAAGGUCCGGAAUAAUCGACUCAUCCGUUAUGAGUGUUUGAGAGGCUACUAUCUAUCCGAGGGUCCGCCUGGAGCCACGUGCAUUGCGGGCAAGUGGAGUCCGAAGCAGCUGCCCAAAUGUUCCCCGAAGCUGCAUCCGCGACUGAACUGGAUCAAGAGAUCGGUGAGGCAAGCUGAUUACUACGAGGCAUUCAACCAAACUCAAGCCAACGCGAGUUUUCCCGAAGAAGCUCAAGCCAAGGCGAGAUUUCAAGACCGAUUCGGCGCUGAGUAUCCGCCUCGCUAUAACGCUGAUGCUGUAGGAGGUCGACACGGGUCUGAAUGGUCGCUGUCUGGAGGUGGUGGGGCGUCCGGAGCUGAGUCGAAGAAGAAGGGGAAGAAAGCGCCCUCCUGCCAGAACCUCGACCUCGAGCCCUUCCUCCAAGUCGAAGUGGUGAGGGCGGGCCGAGCCAACACUUCCUACGCGUCAGGAACUCGGGUCAAGGUCAGCUGCCACCAAGGCUACGGACUCAACAUCGGCAACAGGACGGCCAAGUGCUCGAGGGGCAAGUGGAAGCCGAUGAAGCCAGAGUGUGUGACGUUGCCGUGUUCAGUUCCCACCACGCCUCAUGGUCGCUACAUGUUCAACGGAGCGGCAGUGCCACAGAGAGCUACCAUUGGCCAUGCUGAGGUGGUCAAGUUUACGUGCGAGUCUGGAUAUCAUGUCCUCGGGUCUAACACUGUAAGAUGCUGGUAUGGUGACUGGACCGUGACUGGGAAACCUCCAGAGUGCCAGCCAGACCCGUGCCAGCUCCCGAAGCUCGCCCACGGAGCCUACACGGCGGGCUUCCUCGUGGGCUCCCACAUCACCCACGGCUCCUCUGUCCCCUACGCGUGCAAUGACGGAUGGCUUGUCAACGUUGCAAAGAUCACGUGUCAGUUGGGUCAGCUGGUUCCCGUGACGCCCUCUUGUGUCACUCCCGCGCAGGCGACGGACACCGGGAGCAGCCUGCCGAAGGCGCUGAAGAGGGUGGAUAGCGUGAUGUCCUACAGCGAAGGUGACCUGACCCUCGGAGGCGACAUCACCGGCAUUGACUUCCUGACCAACCACCAGACGUCAUGCAGUCCGCCGGCCCGAGUUCAUGGCACGGCGAUCUUCAAGAAUGGGCAGCCCGUGCAGAAGGACGAGAGGAGAUUCCCCUCCGGCACCGAGAUCACCUUCAACUGCAUUUCCAACACCAUCGGCGAGCAGACCAGCUGGACGAUCCGCUGCGAGGACGGGUCGUGGCUGGGUCAAAGGUCACCCUCCACGUGCCGGGCGGAGGAGGAGCUCGAGUCUCCGGACGUCGGGAACACCUCCUGCUUGUGGCGGAAGUCGGAUCCUCAGCUGGUCACCUUCUACGACGAUCGCGAGGUCGAGGGCGAGGUCGAGGGCGAGGUGGUGGAGUUCCAGCCCGGCGCCGAGUUGGUGUCUCGCUGCGUGGAUAUCGGAAAAUACAAACUGAUCGGGUCCGUGCGGAGGGUGUGCGUCAACGGGCAGUGGACGGGAGAAAAACCUAGUUGCUUUAGCCUCAAUAGAGAACAUGAGUAUGCACUCGACCGGCCCCCGACCAUCCUAUUCCGCCACAAGGACGGCCCCAUCGCCCAGACCAACGACGGCAAGCUCCUGGCGUAUCCUGGAACGCAGCUGUACCUCGAGUGCCUUUGGAUGAGGAAAUACGGGACGCCGAGGUGGAACGUCUCUCAUGCGCACGGGAAGUACUGGACUGGCUGGACGACGGACGCGAUGCGGGACCCUCAGCUGGAGUACCGCCUGGCUCUCUACACGACUAAUGUUGGGGACACAGGCGACUACACGUGCAUUACGCCUACGGGACAUUCGCAUACUGUUGCUAUUGAUAUUAGAGAAGUGGACUGCCCUCCCCUGCCCCCUCUCUCCGCAACGAAGGACCCCCACACCCCUACCUACGAGCCUAAGGGAGCCACGAAACUCAACUCGGUCGUCACCUUCAGCUGUCAGUCGGGCUACACACUCCAGGGCCCGGGGCGGAUCAAGUGCCUGCCUUCGGGAAAGUGGUCGGAUGCCGCACCCGCUUGCAAGAAGAUCGAGUGCCCGCCGCUGGAACCCCCCCUCCACGGCGAGCUGACCGGCCCUCGACCCCACACAGCUGGCGACGUGUUAGAGGUCAAGUGUCAUUCAGGCUAUAUGAUGGAAGGUCAGCCAAUCCUCGUGUGUCAGGAGGAUGGCCAAUGGUCCAGCCAGGUUCCCAAAUGUUCCCAGGCCUGCACGUACCCGGGCAUCAUCAUCUCCGGCACCAUGAGCAAAGUGAAGUUCUAUUACCCGAUCCACGACAGCGUGACCUACACCUGCAGCGACGACUUUGUUCUCCACGGGCAGAGGACCAUCACUUGCCUCGAGGGGGGAAGGUGGUCGGAUAGGGUCCCGUCUUGCCUUCCGAAGCCGUGAGGGAUGAGGAGGAAGGGGA